UACCCCGGUGUUUAUAAUAAUAAAACUUAUUAUAAAAUUUACGUUUUUAAAAUGUAAAUAACGCGUUUAUGUUUCGUCUUAAGUUAGAAGAAAUGUCAAGUUAUAAUAUUAUAAAGUGAAUCAUUUUAAGGAAAGAAGAAUAGUUUAAAGCUGUUGGGAAAAGUACACGAGAUAUAGCGUCAAUGUGAUAAAAAUAGACACUGCGUUUUUUUAGCUUAUGUAAGAAUGAAAGCAAUUACAGGUGAUAGUGUGUUGAGUGUUGCAGAUAUCAAUGUGGAUAUAGGACCUGCAAAGAUUCUGCAGCAUGUGAGUUUUUCAACUUGUAAUGGAGACCUCCUUGCUGUAAUGGGCCCAACAGGGUCUGGAAAGACAACAUUACUCAAUGCAAUAGCUGGACGUCAACCACUUUCUGCAGGAAACAUUUAUCUUUCUGGACAAAAAUUCAACAAAAGACUGCGCCGACAACUUGGUUUUGUCGUUCAGCAAGAUGUUUUCUUUUCAAACCUUACAUUAUGGGAAACAUUAUAUUUUACAGCUAUGAUAGGUCUUCCCGAAUCUCUACCGAAAGCUGACAAGUUGAAAAGGCUGGAAAACAUAAUCGAUCUGCUGCAGUUAGGAAAAUGUAAGAACACAGUGAUAGGUGGCACAUUUCUCAAAGGUCUUUCUGGUGGUGAGAAGAAAAGAACCAGCAUAGCAAGAACACUGCUCACAGAUCCUAAUAUUCUCUUACUUGAUGAACCGACAUCUGGCCUUGACUCUAGUAUGACGUUACAGAUGGUCAGACAGCUAAAGACUCUGGCUAGCGAGAAUAACAAGAAUAUUAUAGUAACUAUACAUCAGCCUUCCAGUCAAGUGUACCACAUGUUUGAUAGCUUGCUUUUGUUGUCCCAAGGAAAGGUUGUGUAUAAUGGAGGUGCACAUCGGGAGCCACUAAUUUUUCUUGAACGUUCAGGAUACAAAUGUGACCCCCUAUAUAAUCCAGCUGACUUUAUGAUGGAUAUUCUGAGUUUAGAUGACCCUGAAAUAGAUAAAUUAGUCAAGAGCAGAGAGCUUCUCGAGAAAGAUAAUGCUAACCGAAAUACAACAAAUUCCAUUCAUGAAGAUGGCCAGAGCAUGAUAUCGACAACAAAGAGGUAUUCUUCCAGCUCAGUGGUAUCCAUUAAAACAUACGACAGUGACUUCAGCGUUUCAGAAAAAGAGAAAUGGCCAACGGGGUUCGCAAUGCAGUUUCGUAUGCUUACUUGGAGAAGUUUUAAACAAUCAAGAAGAACAUUGUUACAUGUGUACAGCCUCAUUGAAUACACACUUUUAGGCGUUUUAGCUGGUGUAUUAUUGUUGGAUGAAUUCAAGAUUUUCAGAGAUAUAAGGGGAGUGGUUUUCUACAUGAUCAUGGCAUGGACAUUCUCAGUUGCAUUACAAGCCGCGGCAAUAUUUCCAGCCGAAAUUGAAGCUGUUUCAAGAGAGCGUGCAAGCGGUGCAUAUCGGAUGUCUGCCUAUUACUUUUCCAAAAUGGCUGGAGAAUUACCGUUGACUUUUGCAAAACCUACCCUAUUUUGCACAGCUAUUUAUUGGAUAGCUCGGCUGAAUGGUGUGCGGCAAUUUUUUAUUGCGUAUUCAAUAAUUCUAUUGAAUAUCGUCAGUAUACAGAGUGUUGGAUUUAUUUUGAGCAUCGUUUUCUCGGACAGACAGCUGAGUGAAGCAGUUCUUCAUGGGAUGUUGCACUUUUCGAUGUUGCUUAGUGGAUUUUUGAUACAAGAUAUCCCUAGCUGGCUGGCCUGGGCAAAAUAUUUUUCUCACAUGUUCUACCCAUUCAGUGCAUUGUGCAUAAUCCUCUAUGAAAACGCAGAACCGGUGCCUUGUAACACAAUUAGUGUGAUAGACUUCAGCAAAUGUCUCCAGAACAGUUCAGACUACGUUACGUCUGUAGAAAUAUUACACGCUGUUGGAAUUGAACUUCCGGUGUAUUGCUACGUUGGAACUAUGAUACUAAUAUGUGUUAUACUGAGGGUAGUUGUAUACAUUGCAUUACGGCUGAAGCGCCCUAGUAUUAGUUAACCUUUAUAGUACUCUAGUAUCGCACUUGUGGCAUGUAUUUUUAGAUUGAUUCAGUUCUUGGUUAAUGACUCCUGACAGAUUGCUGUAUUCCUGUUAUAAAACUAGCUUGGUCUUUUCCACUUUAGAACUAGGUUACAAAUAUUGAUCAUUGCUGAAAGUUUGAAUAAAUUAAAUGAACUAAUAAAUGA